CGUCUCCAGCCAAUGAGAGGCCGCUCGAUUGUCACGUGGCUAGGGUUUAUAUAAGACGGAGCCCAGAGCCGCCAGUCGGUAGGAGCCGCGGGGAGCGCGGGUAGUAAGUGGUUCUCUGCGGAGAGCUGGAAAACCCUGUUCGUCAUCCUCAGUAGCUGGAGCCGCCGGAGACGCCGCCGCCUUAACAGCAUCGACACCCGUUCGUCUCGAUCGCGGCUGCCGCUUCGGCCCUUCGGGCGAUCGCCGCGGCCGCGGCCGCCGAGGCCGAUCGGGUCUCGGCCCUUUCGGGCCAGCUCUCCCGACCGCUGUUUGAGCGGCGCCUCCGGCUCAUCCAGCAUGAGCUCCGACAAUCCCCGCGAGGGCCCGCCGCCCCGCCAGGCGGCCGGCCGAGACGAAGAGCCUCCGGCGGUGCCGUCCACAUCGGGCACCCAGAGGCGUCCCGCCCCGCGGGAGGCGACCCUGCCCAGGCAGCCCGUGGUUCUUAGCCCCGAGAGCCUGAGGCUCCUGGAGCAGGCGGACGCCCUGGCGGUCAGCAGGCGCUUCCACGAAGCCUUCGAUCUGUACCAGGCUCUGUACCAAGAUCGCCAGCUGAACCCCGACCAUCUCGACUGUCUGGUGCGCAGCAUCGCCGAGAGCAUCCGCACCCGAGACGAUCUCCGAGAGGGAAUCCGAGAGAUCCCCGUCACUCCCGCGAUGCUCAACGGCGGCGACGAGGAGUCCGGAGAGAGGAUCCAGGUCGAGCUGCCCCAGCUGAUCUGGGACGGCUUCCGAUGCCGGAGAUGCCAAGGUUUCCUGUGCGAGCCGGUGUCCCUGAGCUGCGGACACACCUUCUGCAAAGGGUGCCUGGAGAACGAGCGCCGCUGCUUCCAGUGCAACAGACCUCUUAGGCCCGGCUUCUACUGCUGCAGCGAGGUGGACGGCCAGGAGGUGCUGCCGCCCCUUCCCAAUCUGCGGGUCAACGUGCUGCUGAAUAACUUGCUGGCCAAGUGGUUCCCGAACUCGACCAGGGGAUCGCGCCUCCGCCACCAGGGCGGCCGCCUGUUCCGGCGGGGCAGGCUGAAGCAGGCUUUGGACAAAUACACCCGAGCUCUCGACUUGUCUCCAAAUGACUUCUUGCUCUUUAACAAGCGAUCUCAGGUCUAUUUUGUCUUGAAACUUCCUGAACCUGCAUUGCAUGAUGCUGAAAUGGUCUGCAGACUCCAGCCAUAUUGGCUGAAGGGUCACUUUUGCAAAGCCCAAGUCUUAGCCUUCCUGGGGAGAACAGAAGAAGCCCUCAGGGAGUUCCUGUACUGUGUGGCUUUGGAUGAGGGGCACAGGAUGGCCAGGUGUGAAGCUGCCAAGCUCCUGUUUAGCUUGUUCUCGCACAUCCCUGGGAAUACCCAGGAGCGCUUAGCAAGCUGCCUACUACUGGAGACCUGCAGCUCUGUACCAGGAAGCAGUGCCAUGGCUUCCCAGGCCUGUGGAGCUAGCUGCAGCAGUGACCCUCAGCUGCCAGGAUUGGUCCAGGAGAUAGAGAAAAUCCCUCUUGCUGUGGAGAGGCCAAACCCUCCUGGUUGCGUUGUCCUGGCUUGUAUGGGAGCAAGGAGAGAAAGGGAGUCCCAGGAUGGAGAGAGACAGAUUCCAGUAGACGGACCUAUGGAAGCGAACCAGGCUGCAGUGGUCCAGGCCCAAGAGGAGGAGGAAGCACAGGCUUCAGGAAUGUUCCAGGCCCAGGAGGAGGAAGAAGCACAGGCUUCGGGAAUGUUCCAGGCCCAGGAGGAGGAAGCACAGGCUUCGGGAAUGUUCCAGGCCCAGGAGGAGGAGGAAGCACAGGCUUCGGGAAUGUUCCAGGCCCAGGAGGAGGAGGAAGCACAGGCUUCGGGAAUGUUCCAGGCCCAGGAGGAGGAGGAAGCACAGGCUUUGGGAAUGUUCCAGGCCCAGGAGGAGGAAGCACAGGCUUCGGGAAUGUUCCAGGCCCAGGAGGAGAAGGAAGCACAGGCUUCGGGAAUGUUCCAGGCCCAAGAGGAGGAGGAAGCACAGGCUUCGGGAAUGUUCCAGGCCCAAGAGGAGGAGGAAGCACAGGCUUCAGGAAUGUUCCAGGCCCAGGAGGAGGAGGAAGCACAGGCUUCGGGAAUGUUCCAGGCCCAGGAGGAGGAAGCACAGGCUUCGGGAAUGUUCCAGGCCCAGGAGGAGAGACAGGUUGCAGAAGUGUUCCAGGUUCAGGAUGAGGAGACACAGUCUUCAGAUAUGUUCCAGGUUCAGGAAGCCGAGAGACAGGCUCUGGAAGCCCUGUCCAGGGAGACCAGACAGGCUGCAAUAUACCAGCUCCGGGAGGCAGAGUUACAGAUUUUGAUGUGCCAGACUGAGGGGAGAGAUAAUCUGAUGCUCCAGCCAGAGGAGGAAGAGGAGGAGAUCCAGGCUGUGCUGGUCCGGGCAGGGGAGGAGAUAAGAGCCGUGAUGGUCCCAGAAGAGGAGGAAGAGGAGAUUCGAGCCGUGGUGGUCCAGGGAGAGGAGGAGGACAUAAGAGCCGUGGUGGUCCAGGGAGGAGAAGAGGUGGGAGACGCAGGGGAGGAGGAGGAGAUACAGGCUGUCGUAGUCCCACCCGUGGAGGAGAUGCAGAACAUGCUGGUCCAGAUCAAGGAGGAAGAAGUACAGGUCCCUGUGUACCAGCCCAAGGUGGGGAAUGUAAUGGUUCAGCCUAAGGAGGAAGAGAUCGAGAUUCCUGUAUUCCAGCCCAAGGAAGAGGAGGUCGACCUUCUGGAUUUCCAUAUUAAAGAGGAGCCGAUAGAUCUUGCAGAUUUUGAUCUUAAAGAGGAGCCGCUAGAGAUUCCCCACUUUGACUUCAAGCAGGAACAGGAAGAGCUAGACUUCUCCGAUUUCCAGCUCAAAGAGGAGGUGGAUGAUAUUGACUUUCCUGAUUUCCAGUUCAAGGAGGAAGUGGAGGAGCUAGACUUUUCCGAUUUCCAGUUCAAGGAGGAAGUGGAGGAGCUAGACUUUCCCGAGUUCCACCUCAAGGAGGAAGAUGAUGAUAUAGAGUUUCCCGAGUUCCACCUCAAGGAAGAGGACGACUUCAGCUUUCCUGACUUCCAGCCCAAGGAAGAAGAUGAUGAUUUAGGCUUUCCAGACUUUCAGCCUAAAGAAGAGCCGCUAGACAUUCCAGACUUCGAGAUUAAGGAAGAGCCUCUAGACCUCCCAGACCUUCCAGAUUUCCACAUUAAGGAGGAGGAAGAAGAUGAUGAGAUCCCGAUUCUGGCCCCGCCGGAUAUGGAAACCUUGGCUCUGAUGGCCCAGUCUGAUGAAGAGGAAACAUUGGCUCUGAUGGCCCAGGCUUUAGAGGGGAAGAGGCAGACUUCCAUGUGCCAGCCCGAAGACCCGGAGGCUUUCAUGUUCCAGCCCAAUGAGGGCCAGGCUUUCAUGUCCCGGGCCCAAGACAUACAGGCUUUCGUGUUCCAGCCCAGCGAGGGCCAGGCUUUCAUGUCCCAGACUCAAGAUUUGCAGGCCUUCUUGUCGGAGCCUGAAGAGAGACCAGUUUCCGUGUCCUAUUCUGAAGAAACCCCGGCUUCCUUGCCCCAGGCCAAUGAGGGCCAGGCUUUUAUGCCCCACUUUGAGGAGGGCCAGGCUUUUGUGUCCCAGUCCGGCCAAGCCCAGGCUUUUAUGCCCCACUUCGAAGAGGGCCAGGCUUUUGUGUCCCAGUCCGACCAAGGCCAGGCUUUUAUGCCCCACUUUGAGGAGGGCCAGGCUUUUGUGUCCCAGUCUGGCCAAGCCCAGGCUUUUAUGCCCCACUUCGAGGAGGGCCAGGCUUUCGUGUCCCAGUCCAGCCAAGCCCAGGCUUUUAUGCCCCACUUCGAAGAGGGCCAGGCUUUCGUGUCCCAGUCCGGCCAAGGCCAGGCUUUUAUGCCCAACUUCGAGGAGGGCCAAGCUUUCGUGUCCCAGUCUGGCCAGGGCCAGACCUUUAUGCCCAACUUUGAUGACGACCAGGAUUUCAUGCCCAGCUUUGAUGACGACCAGGCUUUUAUGCCCCACUUUGAAGAAGGCCAGGCUUUCAUGUUCCAGCCUGAAUUGACACAGGCUUUCCUGUUCCAGCAUGAAGGGGCAAGGGUUUCCAUGGCCCAGUGCGAACAGGCACAGGCUUCCAUGGCCCACUUCGAAGAGGCUUUUAUGUUCCAGGAUGACGAGGAAGAGGCCUCCACAUCCCAGGCCGGGGGAACACAGGCUUCGACAUCCCAGGCCACAGAGAAUCAAACUUAUUCAGGCAAAGGCAAGCAGCCCAAAAAGAAGCAGGCUUCAGGAUCCCAGCCUGGGAAGAAACAGGCUUCCACAACCCUGGCCGGAAAGAGACAGGGCCACGUAGCCCAGCUCAAGGAGGACAAGAAACAGAUGCAAAUGGACCAGUCCAGGAAGAGAAAGGCUCCAGGACUCUUGCUGAAGGAUAGAAAGAAACAGCUUUCACUGACCCAGAGCAAGAGAAAGAAGGUGAGCCCAGCAACCCAGAACAAGGGGAAAAGACAGGUUUCCUCAGUAACCCAAAGCAGGACACUAGGCCAUGUGGCCCAAAACAAGAAGAGAGUAAAGGCGUUCAUGCAAGUCAGUAAGAAACUGGUUCUGAACGCCCAGGCCAAGAGGAAUCGGGCCAGAAUGGAGCUGAUCAGGAAACAGAUCCAAGGGUUGCCAAUCAAGGGCAAGAACAAAGAGUCCAAGAAACGCCAGCUGGCGAAAGACAAAAGCGUUUCCUUACAGUCCUUGGACAUCGAAGUCCCGUGCAAGGUUCCCAAGAAAGAUUCGGGUGGCUCUUCCCGGGCUAGGAAUUAUUCCCGUAAGGUUCCCUUCCAAUCUUUCGAUCCAUCUGACUUGGAUUGCCCACUCUGCAUGAGGCUGUUCUAUGAGCCUGUCACCACUCCCUGUGGACAUACCUUCUGCAUGAAGUGUCUUGAGAAAAGCUUGGAUCGCAGCCCCAUAUGCCCCCUGUGCAAAGAAGACCUCGAAGAGCAAUGUAUAAGGAGAUGCAACAAAAAUUUACUGAUGGAGGCACUGAUUGCCAAAUAUAUGCCUGAAGACCUCGAUGAGCGCCGAAGGAUCUUUGAGGAGGAAAUGGCAGAGCUCUCUAACAGCCUGAAUAAGAAUGUGCCUAUAUUUGUGUGCACCAUGGCCUAUCCCACUGUGCCAUGCCCCCUCCACAUUUUCGAGCCCUGCUACCGCCUUAUGAUUCGAAGAUGCAUGGAGACUGGCAGCAACCAUUUCGGCAUGUGCAUUGGUGAUGCCUACAGAGGCUUCCACUGGCAUCAGACCAGUGAACUGUGGUCCAAGGGGCCAUUCCCGACAAGAGGCUCUUGGCUUACCUGGUGGGGACUCCCGAGGACUCGGUCUUUGGGGUUUGCAGACUAUGGUUGCUUGCUGGAGAUAAGAAAUGUUGAGUUCUUUCCUGAUGGUCGCUCUGUGGUGGACAGCAUUGGUAAGAGGAGGUUUAAGGUGCUCCGGCGGAGCCAGAGGGAUGGCUACAACACAGCUGACAUCGAAUAUGUUGAGGAUUAUAAGGUCGAAGGGGAAGAGUAUGAACGUUUGCUAAGGCUGCACAGCUCCGUAUACGAUCAGUCACUUGCCUGGUUCUAUUCACUCAAACAAGCGCUCCGGAACCGCAUCCUGAGCCACUUUGGGCCCAUGCCACCAAAAGAUGUGGAUCCACAGGGCAAUCCCAAUGGCCCCUCCUGGUGCUGGUGGGUCUUGGCAGUCCUUCCACUUGAAAGUAGAGCUCAGCUUCCUUUCCUGUCCACAAAGUCCCUGAGGCGCCGCUUGAAUGGCAUUCGGUGUGUCCUGUCGUUCUUGUCCUACAGCCAAAACUCGAACCAAAGCCAGGUCCCUAUGCAAAGUGUGCUACAAAAUGAAAUUCGAAACCAAGACCGAAUGGAACGUAGAAGCCAAAGACUAAUAAUGCGAGGUCCAAGCCAAGGAUCAGUGAUAGAUCUAAGCCAAGACCCAAUGGAAGGUACAAGCCAAGGAACACUGCGAGGUACAAGCCAAGACCCAAUGGAAGGUACAAGCCAAGGAACAUUGCGAAGUCUAAGCCAAGCAUCAGUGAUAGAUCUAACCCAAGACCCAAUGGAAGGUACAAGCCAAGGAACACUGCGAGAUCUAAGCCGAGGAUCAGUGAUAGAUCUAAGCCAAGACCCAAUGGAAGGUACAAGCCAAGGAACACUGCGAAGUCUAAGCCGAGGAUCAGUGAUAGAUCUAAGCCAAGACCCAAUGGAAGGUACAAGCCAAGGACCGAUGCGAGGUCCAUUCCUAUACCCGAUGCAAAGUCCAAUCCCAUACUCGAUGCAAAGUCCAAUCCCAUACUCGAUGCAAAGUUCAAUCCUAUACCCGAUGGAAUUGAGUUCAAUCCAAGGACUAAUGCAAGAUCCAAGCCAAGGCCCAAUGGCCAACGACCCAAUGGAAGGUCCAAGCUACGACCCGAUGGAAGGUCCAAGCUACGACCCGAUGGAAGGUCCAAGCUACGACCCGAUGGAAGGUCCAAGCUACGACCCGAUGGAAGGUCCAAGCUACGACCCGAUGGAAGGUCCAAGCUACGACCCGAUGGAAGGUCCAAGCUACGACCCGAUGGAAGGUCCAAGCUACGACCCGAUGGAAGGUCCAAGCUACGACCCGAUGGAAGGUCCAAGCUACGACCCGAUGGAAGGUCCAAGCCAAGAACCAAUGUAAGGCCAAAACCAGGGCCAGUAAAAUCCAAGAGAUGAAGAGAAAGGAAGGGGCUCUGCUUUUCCUUCCAAGGUGGGGGGUGGGGGGGAGGGAAGGGGACUUCUUGUCACUGUCUUUAAUCACAAUACUGUCUUAAUGGGUGAUCAUUAUUAACCUCAGGGGGAGUGUUCAGCAGGAUGUCCUAAAUAACACCUGCUUAGGGGUUUACUCCAUUUGGAAAACCCUCAUUUCUGUCUCUCCCCCCUCCAUCUUCUCUCUUCUCUCUUUCUAUCUGCAAUUGUUGACAUGCUGCAUUGCUAAAUGAAUGGCCUAGGUGUUGUUCUAGAGCACAGUGAUAUUGUUUGCCUUCAAAAGUUCAGAAAAUAACAUUUACAUUUCAAAAAGAAUGUUUGGUCUUACUGUGAAACAAUUGAUGUUGAUGAAUUUAUUUUGUUGACGCUUGUUUAGUCUUAUUCUAAAUGCUUCUGGUUGGAUUCAGCUAAUGUUCACUACUUCAUUCUGGUUGAAUAAUUUAUUUUCUCACUA